AAAAGCCAAUCGGACGUCAGGCCUCGAUUGGGAAUCUACGCCAGAUCACGCAGACAUGGCCAGCAAGAAAGCGUCCAAUAAGAGACAAAGGGGAGCGCAGAAGACUUGCUCCAAUGUUUUCUCCAUGUUUGAGCAGUCACAGAUACAAGAGUUCAAGGAGGCUUUUGGUUGCAUUGACCAGGACAGAGAUGGCGUUAUUAAGAAACAAGACCUGAAGGAGACCUAUGCACAACUGGGAAAGCUAAACAUAAAGGAAGAAGAACUGGAUGAGAUGUUGAACGAGGGCAAAGGUCCCAUCAACUUCACCGUCUUCUUAUCGCUGUUUGGCGAGAAACUCAAUGGGACCGAUCCGGAAGACACCAUCCUCGCCGCCUUUAAGCUCUUCGACCCCAAUGCAACGGGAUUCGUCAACAAGGAAGAAUUUCGACGAUUAUUGAUGAACCAGGCGGAUAAAUUUACAGCAGAAGAGGUGGAUCAGGCAUUUGCGCUGGCUCCCAUCGACCCGACAGGGAACAUUGACUACAAGUCUCUCUGCUACAUCAUCACCCACGGAGAUGAGAAGGAAGAGUCGUGAACAAGCCUCGCAUGGUAGUCAUGCGGAAAAUGUCGAAAGAAAGAAAUACCUACACCAGUGUUUGUGUCAGUUCAGUUCAGAACAGAUUCUUUUUCCUUAACACAAGUAACUCCUUAACCUCCCCCGCCCCCCCCCCCCCCCCCCCCCGCACGCUUGUGCACAUGAUGGCAUAAAAUUAAGUUACUCAAGUCCCAAAUUCAAUAACUCUCAAAGAGAUCCUUCAUAUUUUGAAGUUUUUUUUUAAGCUGUGUCUGGUGCAUCUAAGAAAAUGUAACUAAAGCUUAAUUGAACUGGGAGGACUGUUGAUGAAUGAUCAUUUUCAGUGCAAAAGGCGGCGCGAGACGCCAAUUCAUUUUUGACUGGGAGUGGCAAAUGAACGUUCAGUAGCAGCCCAUAAGUAAAACGUAACGGUCAGUGAUGAAACAUGACAUCUUUUUUCACAAAACCUUUCUCGAGAAAGAAAUGGGAAUUCAUGAUGAAUUGUUUUUUGUGUUGUUGUUCAAUUUAACAAGACAGAAAUAGUAGUACAGUAUUUGGAUCCAGAAUGUUAAUAGACAAGGACAAGUAUGAAAAUGCAAGAAAAUCUUUAGGGGAAAAAAAGUAAUAUUUUAAAUCAUGUAAAACGGUUUAGUUCUAAAAUUUUUAAUUAUCAUUGUUGCAAAUAGCAAAUAUCAUAUUUAUAGGUAGUUCAAAAAGUUAAUGCAAAAUUUAAAAAAAAGAUACGAUGGCUCUUCAUCACAGUGGAAAUAAAAUAACAAUAAAACCUGACCCUGACAAGGAUAAGCGGUGUUGAGAAUGGAUGGACCAUAUGUGGGUAUGAAUGGUAUAUUGAUCAUUUUAUUCAUCUCUAUUAGUAUUAUUAUUAAAUUACAUCUUAAUAAUAAACGGGUGGACACACUUACUGUAAGUCAAUUGGUUGAAUAAUAUUUUUUUCCCUAUUUUCUACUUAAAUAUCUUGUUUGUUCUUUUGACAAGAAUUAAAUUUUGUCAUAUGCUUAUUAUAUAGUAUUUGGAAAAUAUAUUAAUAUUCUAACUGUUGAAGGCAGAUCAUGAAGUUGAGGUAAAGGUGUUUCAAAUGUGUUAUUUCAUAGCUUUUUUGUUGUUGUUGUUUUUUUUUAAAUACAGUAGUACCUCUACUUAUGAACGUCUCUACAUACAGAAUUUUGAGAUUAAGACACGCCUCAAUGGGAAAAUAUUGCCUCUUGUUAAGAAAGUACUCACAGCUCCCAAGUUGACUGAACAUAACAUACUUAUAGCUGCUCUGCAAUUGGCUUUUGCCUAGCAUUCCUGGCAUUCAAUUGGUUAAGAGGAAUCUCUACCUUAUGUGUAUGUGUGUAUCCCAGCGUCCUGUGCCCCUUGUGUUCCGACAGCUUUAUAUGAGUGCAUUGAUUCAUUACUCUAUUCUUUUUAUUUUUAUUUUUUUGACAUUAUGCACAACUCAGAUUUUAUGUUUAUUGUGCAAAAAUGUAAUUGUAAUAUAUAUUUGUUACAUGUUUUGAUGCAUUUUUAUGCAUUAUAAAAGAUUUCUGUCUGAA